ACGAUGAAGUCUGUGUUGUCACCAGCUGUUUGCAGAGGAACAAAGUGCUUCAAACAAACAUGAUGAAACAAACGGACAGACGUGUCAAGUUUCGAAAAACGGCAAGGCUACAUUGCAUAAGGGCCCCAGAACUGAAGAUAUCCCGAUAGCGUUUACGAAACAAAUUACAACCAAAGGGAAAAAGCCGCUAUAUUAUUUUUCGUAAGUACGUACUGUAAAGUUUCCGCGUGAUUCGUGAAGAGUCUUGUGCAAUAUUGUACACAAGUGCGCAAUUGUUCUGAGUGUCCCUCCACUGCGCGAGGAUGAACGUGGGCACAGCGCACAGUGAGGUCAAUCCAAACACGCGAGUGAUGAACAGCAGGGGUAUAUGGCUCUCAUAUGUGCUUGGCAUCGGCUUCCUACACAUCAUAUUGCUCAGCAUACCGUUCGUCAGCGUUCCUGUGGUGUGGACCCUCACCAACCUCAUCCACAACUUGUGCAUGUAUAUCUUCCUACACACGGUAAAAGGAACGCCGUUUGAGACUCCAGACCAAGGCAAGGCCCGGCUUCUGACCCACUGGGAACAGAUGGACUAUGGGGUCCAGUUCACCGCCUCUCGAAAGUUUCUCACCAUCACCCCUAUUAUACUGUAUUUCCUGACCAGUUUCUAUACAAAGUAUGACAGGGUCCACUUCAUCAUCAACACCAUUUCCCUGCUCACUGUGCUUAUCCCCAAACUGCCUCAGUUCCACGGGGUCCGUCUCUUUGGAAUUAAUAAGUACUGACGAGGCUUUGAUCUUCAACACGAGGAUGUGUGGCCACUUACUCUGUGGGAAUAAAAAAGGGGGAAAUUUAGAGCUUCAUUGGAUGCUCUGCUGCUUUGCGGUCAAAGUGGCCGAACAAUCUGCUAUGGUAUCACUUUUAUGUUUUUUUUGUAUAACAUUCAGUAGAUACAAACACAUUUGUAGAACCACCAGCAGAAUGCAGUAAAAGAAGGUCUCUUGAUAUGUUAGGACCACCGUUAUGCUCUGUAUUGAAACAGAGUGUUGGUUAACAGCAUUAUGUAUGCCAUUGGGAACCAUGUGUUAGAUUUCAGUCACUUUGGCAGAAAUGCUGCAUUGAUGCAAUGAAUCAGAUGGGUCAAAAUAGGCUGAUUCUUAACUGUUUUGCGGGCCUGAGUCAGCACUUCCCAAUGUUCAACACAAGGUGUUUAGAAAGAGAAAAAAGGUACUGUGUUUCUGAAGAAAGUGUACAAGGCUAUUUUUAGCACAGGUGCAAAAGACUGGCUUCAGUCCCAUAGUUGGACAGUGUCAUCCUGUCCUGAUAAAACUUUUGCCAGACCUGUAUUUCAUGACUUUAGAUUUAAAACAAAACUAGUUAAAUUUUAUAUAUGCACAACCUGUUCAAAUGUUUAAAGUGCUUUUUCCAGAGCCCUAACAGUCUCACAGAGUCUCUCGCUCUUUUAUAACAUGCACUAAAUAUUGAGUAACAAAAAAGCUAGUUGGAUGCAUGUAAAAACCUAGAAGAGUGGCUUCUGAUGGGGAGAACAGGUGCAAGGGAAUAUUGGAUUAGAUAAUUUUUCCCCUAAGAGAGAAACUGCAGUUUAACUGUACAUAUGACCUUUGGACCCUAAUAUGUCUCAUUGGACUCUUGUGUACAACUCCUGCACUUCAUGUCCAGGUCUGAGUGAGGAUAGAUUAAAUGUUAAUGCAGUUUACUAAGGUACAGAAUAUUUCUGUGAAGCAUCAUGAAAAUGUGAAUAAGAUGUGUAAGUGCUUAUCAUUGUUUAUGGCCAAUCACAAUGUCUGUCUCACAAAGGCAGCAACUGAAACAGAUUUUUUUUAAAUUUGCAAAUUAAAGCAAACCUGUCUGACACAGUACAGAUCUACAGAUUUUAGUUUUGACCAAAUAUGUAGUUUGGUCUACAUGCAUUUUGCUUGUGAACAGCAGUAUGGACUGAUGACAGGCCCUGUGAUAUGCAUUUUGCAUGACAGUACUAUAAUGAGCAUAAUUUCUAAUAAUUAGUAAUUGUCUUAAUUUUUGUACCAAAAAGUUAUAUUGGAAUGACGUAUGGACUGUGACUAACCCUACAGACAUAUUCCUAGUACUUACAAAGCAAGAUUAUCAAAAGGUUAUCAAAAAAAAAAAUAAGACAAAAAAAAUUGCCUUUAUCGUUAAAUACAGCAUUUCAUUACGGUCGUAUUUAGUAGCAGUUUGUUAUAUCGGUGUCUCAGUUGUGCUCAGUGUGGAUUUUAUUUUAUUGCUGCCCUCUCUUCAAUGGUAUGCAUUACAGUCAGAACAAUUGUGAAACCAGUAAUCCUGCAUACGUGGAGCAAUGCCUUAUCUAGCAGAUCAGUUGACCUUGGGCUAUAUUUGUCCCUUAUCUUAGUUUGCUUUGUCAUAUUCUGUGUUUUUCAACAUUUUGUGACAGAUGCUUGUUUAUUGUUGACAUGAUCAGUAUUUACAAUGGAAAAUGUAUUUUGCAAAUAUUACAGUCGACGAUGACUUCAUAAUUGAUUUGUUGACAGGGUACCUUUCGCAGUUGUGUUUAAUGCAAUCGCAGAUCAACAUUGUGACAGGGCUGAUAUUAUGUGAAACUCACUUUUACUGUUGAGCUCAUUUGUUCAUCAGCUGGGCUUCAAUUCUCAUCAUUUGCAGAUGUUUUGUCUCUCAUUCGACUGGCUUCAUCAGUUGUAGCUAAUGGGAUGUUCCCUGAAAUUACAAUUCGUCCCAUGAUGUAUUAGUACAUUUACACUGCUAUUUAAUCAUGUCUGAUCUUUUGUCAGUAUUUUGAGUUAAUACUGUCAAGCUUUGAAUCUUUAUAUUUUGGGAACUAAGAACAAGAACUCUGGUUUGCGAAUUUGUUGUGUUGUGGUAAUCUGAGGUGUUGCUGUGCCAUGCUGCAUCUGGCCUUAUCAGCUGGCAGGAUGUUGAUGUCAGGGUUCAUGCCGAGUGAUAUCAAAGACUUUCUUUCUCGUAUAGAGAGUUUAGUUUUCUUUUAGUUGCAGCAGACCCUCGGACAAAUUGUCAGUUGUAGUACUGUUCUGCCAUCUCUGUUUGACAGUUACUCCUGUUUACGUUCACACAGUGAUUGUGAUUGACAGCGACUCCAUCGACAAUUCACUAGCUGCACGGCGGGAUGCUGUGCAAGGUUAAACAGCAGGGUUAAUCUUAUCAUGUGACUGAUGAAGCGUAUUCAUCAGUUAAUGUGAAACAAUGCGCAAUAAUGAAUGAAUGAACUCUACCUGACAUUUUACAAUGAGCCAGAUGCAUGAAAACAGACAUUUAAAGGGACAGUUCAGCCAAAAAUAGAAAUUCUAUCAUUUAUUAACCUUCAUGCCAUGUCAAAAGCUGAUUUUCUUUCUUAUGUGGAACACAAAAGGAUAUAAAAGUCAGUGGGGUCCAAAACAACAUUGGACCCCAUUAAGUUACUGUAUGAUCCAAAAAAAAAAAUUCGUAUUUUCUGAUCUACAUAAAAAAGCAAAUCAUAGAGAUGAGUAAACGCUGGCAGUAUUUAAAUUUUUUGGACGAACUUUACUGAACUGGUCUAUGGCUUCAAAAUAGAUCAAGCCAGGAAACUGGCAUUGACUUCCUCUAGUUUAACAAAUGAGAAAAUGUACCUUAAAGACAGUGACGAUAUAAAGAAAGCACCACACCAGUAUUCUAGUGUGCUACAUGAGCCAGGGCCGUGCUCUUUGGGUUGUUACCAAAAGCCAACAACUUUUUAAACAUUGACUGGGUGAGAGUCCAUCAGAAUGGGCGAGAGUGAGUCAGUGUCAGUUCUCCAUUACUAGCUGCAGCCUGUGUAAGCUGUUGAUCACCCUGUCAGCAUGUCUCUCCCCUCAGUGAGUAGAUCCAUUCCAAACGUGAGGCGUUUCCUUCCUUCUACACACAUUCUACAGUGGUUUACCUAGUUUUCACUAGCAUAAUUUCGUAUGACACCCCAGAUGGUAUGUGUUUUAUUUUUAAAUAAUGUAGGCUAUGGUUUUGUGUUUAUUGCUUUACAAAUACAACCAGCCCUGAAAAGUCUGCACCUGUAGCAUUUAAGGUUAUACAGUGAUAUUUGCACGAAGGGCAAUUACACUUCUGGGAAUUUCUUUUAUAGACAGAGAGUAUUGCUUAAUGCAUCCUGCAAUUUAAUGCAUCCUUUCUUGAUAAACAUCAAGAUAAACAAAAAAAAAAAAAAUUAAUAAAAAAAACCUUACUGACCCCAAACUUUUGAACGGUAGCGUAGAUGGAGUAAGUAACAGUUCAAUUUUAUGUUGGAUCAUGAUAACUUGGAUACUGAGAGCAGGCGUAUUGGUAAUUACAGUAGCGAUGGUAUUUACAUAUUAAACAAAAGGUUUUGUUUUGUACUGCACUGUAAGAAAAAAAAAAAAGUGAGAAAACAAAAAAUGGUCCUUUCUGCCAGGACAUUAUCUGUUAACAUCACAGUGUACCUUAAAACACAAUGCAUAAUUUAAAAUACAGGUAAAACACCUGUGAAAAAAAGAAAUGCAGAAAAUUCGUUCAUAUUAACACAUUUUUACAGACCUUUCUUAGAGUGUGGUAGAUGUUAAAAUAUGAACUGUUCAACUGAAAUGCUUUUGAUUAUCCAUUUAUGUAAUGUCGUUAGAAAUAAAAAGUGAAUUCUAAA